AUGACGUGCUGCGAGGGCUGGACAUCCUGCAAUGGCUUCUCCCUGCUGGUGCUGCUUCUGCUGGGGGUUGUUCUCAAUGCAAUUCCUCUGGGGAUCAGCUUGGUCGAGAAAGACCAAGCUUUUCAAAACCCCAUCUCUUGCUAUGAGUGGUGGUUCCCGGGGAUUAUCGGAGCAGGCUUGAUGGCCGUUCCAGCAACAAUCAUGUCCUUGUCAGCAAGAAAGCGAGGGUGCUGCAACAAUAAGACUGGGAUGUUUCUUUCAUCACUCUUAAAUGCCAUCACAGUCAUCGGUGCUGGGUAUUGCAUGAUGGUAUCCCUGCAGGCUCUCGCAGAAGGCCCUCUCAUUUGUAACUCCCAAGGCAACCAUACAGCUACUUGUCAGUUUUCACUGAAAAACUUAAGUGACUUUCAUCCAGAAUCUUUCAAUCUACAGUGGUUCUUCAAUGGUUCUUGCGUAGCUCCCGUGAGUAUCAAAAGCCCCACCGCUGAAGACAUUGCCAAAGACUGGGGAAUCCCGAGUUCCAACUCAGAAGAAGACAGAUACAGGAUCUUCCACUUCUCAGUAUUCAUAGGUCUACUGGUGGUUGGAAUUCUUGAAGUCCUCUUUGGGCUCAGUCAGAUACUCAUUGGUUUCCUUGGCUGUCUGGGUGGUGUUUCUAGGCCAAGGAGUCAUAUUGUGUAG